AUGAUCUGGGCCAGCGCGUUCAGCCUGCUCAUCCUCAGCACCUUCUCGGGAGUCUUCACCAGCUUCACCCUGGUGCCGAAAAGAGGACCUGAGUUAAUCACACUCGCCGACUUCAACGCUCGCUACAAACUCGUGUAUUCGUUCCCUCGGACAGCGGACAUGAUCAGGUCCAAUUACAAUUGGGGCAGCGAAGAUUACAAGACUCUGGUGUCCAAACUUGUCAGCAUUGACUUGCUGCCACAAUUUGGAAAAUCCGACCUGUUGAGAAGUCUCGAAACCGGCGAAGCUGUUUUAAUAGACGCUGAGACAACGCUGGAACUGUGGUGGCGCCGAUUGGAUGUAGUGCAAAAUGGUGAAUUGCUAUUCAGAAUCAUUCCCGAUUGCUUGAUUGCUCCAGCUUACGUUUCCUUUACUGUUCGCAAAGAUAUGCCAUACGCUGAUGAAUACAGCUCUAUGGUUCAGAGACUUUUUGAAGGAGGAAUAGUGGACAAAAUUACAAGAGACAGUUGGCACAAAAUGGGUACUCGUGGUUACCUGAAAGUAAAAAACAUUUUUACUGGGAUGAUAAUAGAUGAAGUGAAGAUUAUGAAUUUGAUUCAUGUCCGGGAAUCGUUUUUCCUUCUGGGUUGUGGAAUAUGUAUUUCAAUUUUCAUAGCAAUGGCAGAGAUUUUGAUAGGGAGAGCAAUCUGUGUUAGAAAAUAG